AGUGCAAAAAUAAGCGGCAGGAAACGAUACUGCUACUGAAUCCCACUGAUCGAUGCUAGUAAACAAGUAGUAGUUUCAUUUAUAAGUCAGUCGUUUUAAUAUUUUAUAGGGAAAUAAAUCUAUAAUUUUAAUAAAAACGUUUACUUAAAGCAAUUAAAAAUGGGUAGAAGGUCUAUAAAUACUACUAAGAGUGGGAAGUAUAUGAAUCCUACUGAUCAAGCUCGAAAAGAAGCAAGAAAACGAGAGUUGAAAAAGAACAAGAAGCAGAGACAAAUGGUUAGAGCUGCAGUUUUAAAAGGAAAAGAUCCCCUGCAAUUAAUUAAUGAUAUGGAAAAAAUUGAUGAAAUGGAGUUCAAUGUUAAUUCUCCUCCACUAUUGAAUGAAAAAGUUCUGAAAGAUAAGAGAAAAAAACUAAAGGAAACUUGGGAUAGAGUAAUGAGACUUUAUUAUAAAGAAGACAGGGAAAGAUACAAUGAGCUGAAAAAAUUGGAGUUAGAGUAUGAAGCUAGAAGGAAUAUACUUAUUAAAUAUUUUGAGUCUGUCCGAAUUGCUCAGCAAGUUCAAGUGGAUGAAAUUCCUUUGCCAGAUGCACCAGCAGCAAUGUUUUUAACUUCACAAAUACCUUUACCUAGUGAGAUUGAAGGUAUGCUGGAUGUAGAAAAUCUUGUUUUACCUCAUUCAAUUCUGAAAAAGGCUCCACUGCCAAGUGAACCUGUUUUAGCUGCUAUUAAACCUCCUGGUGUUCCUCCUGGUCCUAUACCUGAUCUUUCUAGUGAUGAUGAAGAUUAUGUUGAAGAGACAGCAGCAAGAAAAAAGAUAAAUGAAGCUUUAGAGAAGCUUUCUAAGAAGGAUCCAAAAGCAGCAAAAAGUAGAAAAAUCAGAUUUGCUGAUGAAAAUGAUGAACAAGAGGAGGAAGAGGAAGAAGACAGUGAAGAUGAAUCAGAGAAUAAAUUAGAUAAAAAGAAGGAAAAAAGUGACACGAUGGAUACGUCUGAAACAGCAACUGAGACUGCUAAUAAGCAAAAGCUUGAAGAUAUUCCAGUUCCACCCAUGCCUCAAUCUACAUCUCUACCUCCUGGUCCACCUCCGCGCUUACCCCAAGGACCACCGCCUAAUGUUCAAGUAAUGUUCAGACCACCUCCAAUACGUACUACUAUACCACCCCCUCCUCGUAUGCUUCCUCCUGGUGUUCCGCCACCACCUCCUGGUCGACCAACAUUACCUCCUCCUGGAUUACCAAUAAGGCUUGGGACUCCCCCUAUACGAUUACCUCCUGGUCCACCACCAGGUCUGCCUCCCCCAAGACUUCUUAGGCCUCCUACUGCCGCUCCUCCUAGGUUAUCUGGGUUACCAAAUGCAUCUUCAUCCACCCCGGGCAUUUCUCUUGCUCCUACAGCUACAGCUGCUCCACCCAUUACAGUUCUCAGCGCACCUCCAAGUCUUAUGCAGAGACCUAAAGCUAUUCUUGGAGUUGAAGAUGCACAAAGAUCAGCAACUAUUGAGGCUAAACCUCAAAUAAGAAAUCUUAGUGCUGAUGUAAUGAGAUUUAUGCCAACAACAUUAAGAGUUAAGCGUGAAGAUCGCCAUAAGAAGAGUGGUUCUAAGUCUGGAUCAACAUUUGAUCAUGGUAAAGAUAACUAUCCUACUGCUGCUCCUAUUGCCAACCCAUCAGUCUCAGCUCCAACAAAAGAUGAUGCAUACCAGCAGUUUUUAAGAGAAAUGGAAGAGUUAUUGUAAUUUUUUUUUGUUUUGUAAAUAAGUCAGUGUUUAUGUGACUGUAUAAAAUAAAUUUUUAUUGUUA